AUGAAGAAGCGGACGACGACUCGCAAACUCUCCUCCUCUUCUUCUUCUUCUUCUUCUUCUCUCGUCGUUGUCAUCUUCGGAGCGUUCCUUUUCCUCUCUUCUUCUUCUUCUUCGUAUGCUCCCGUCGCCGUCGCGGAAAAGGAGGAUCCAACGACAACAACGUCAACAUCAUCACAACUGCGCUCGAAUUCCAAAUGCAUCGACCGUGGGUACGACCCGAACGUGGUGCGCUGCGACUACUGCCGCGUCGCACUGAAAGACGCGCUGGGAGAAAACGACUACCAAAACCAGUUCGUGAGCGAGUGCUUGGAGUGUUGCAAAGAGAACGACGAGGAUGAAAACGACGAUGCGUUUAAUGGUGUCAAAUUCGAUCGCGCGACGAUAACGGCGUGCUCGUGA